AUGGCGCUGGUGAUGGCUAUGAUGAUGGCCAUUGUGUUGCCACACUCACUAGUCCAAGCCAGCUGGAACAUAACACAAACAGUUCAGUUGUCAAAUAAGAAGGCUAAUGUACUUGGAAUGCACUUUGAUUAUGCAGUGAUGGACCUUAUAUUGGAUCGCGAGAUCUAUACCUACAUGUCAAUACCUUGUCCCAACACGACGUAUCAGCCACCAGCUCCCAACCCCAUCGAUUGCUCUUGUGACUAUGCCAGCAAGACAAAGUGUGGAUCCACCCUCUCAGGCAAUCCCACAUGUCCGCCAUGUAGCGACGCAGCCUAUCUAUGCAACCCUUCCAAUACCCAAUGGUACAACAUCGAGCCAAACAAAACAAUGAUCAUCAAUACCCAGAACAUCUCCAAGUUCCAUCUUCGUUACAACUACAACGUCAACACCACCACCCCUGAGGGUCUAAUGGUAACCGCCGAGUUAAUUGGUAGAACCAAUCCUUUCCAGAGGGUAGUGAUGACAGCCUCACAUAGUAGUGACAAUUAUUGGAUAUACUGUCCAUCAGAUAUACCUAAAGGUAUACAAAGAAAGACAGCAUCAUUGACAUUGAUAGUCUAUGUUGAAGUACAGGACUUUGUUGGAAAUGUAGCAUUCACUUUGCACACAUCCAAUAUUGUACCUCGUGUUGACAACACUGCCGCUAAAUGCCAGAACGUUACAAAGUACCAUCAAUGCAUUAAUGAUGGACAGAUUGUACACUUGUCGGGACAUGAUGCCUUGUACACAUUCUCGGUCGAUCGUCCCAUGGUCCUAUCAAUAUUCUGUUACCUUGAUUGGGACCAAGGUGAGUUCUCCCAAGGUAUCCAGACCGUCAAAGAUGUUGAAAUCUCCAUCUCUGAUCAAGAAAAGUAUCCCAACGCCACCAAUCAUAAAUGGCGCUUCUACUCCAUGGAUCCCGAGCCAUAUGGAGAGAUGGAGUCCAGCUUCAUGGGCACAUUACCAGUGACACCUUUGAGUAAUGGUGCGAGUAGAUUGUUGUACAUCAAUGUGGUCACGGUAAAGAAUUUAUCAUGUACCUUCACAUCAUAUUCCAAGCAAUGGAGGACACCGGUCUUCACCAGUGAUAGGGUAUCAUCAUUCAUGCGUGCUUAUAAUGGUGCUCAUCUACUCUAUGGCGAUGGUACUGUUCAGACUAGUGAUGACAGAUCAAUGGGAUUCCAACAACGUUAUGGACCAUAUCAGAAUACUUAUCCAGUGAUGAAUGUACCCAAUCCAUUCAUUCCAAUACCAAUGUCAAUAAUGAAUGAUCCCUACCUGAGUCAGUUGUAUCCUUCAGAUGACAUAAAGCAAGUCAGAGUUGGGAUGGCGCCAUUCAAGACCAAGUCUUUCCAGGCGACCUUCCAACUCUCGAGACAAGUAAACGACUACCGAGUCAUUUACAACGACUACGGCACUGUCUCCAACGCGGCCAAGAUGCAGUUCACAGGAAUCUUCGUGGACAUUGAUGGGAAUCCAUUUGAUAACUUAAUUGAGUUGAGCCAGACCCCAGAAAUACCAUGCUCAUACACUAGAUUGUUGUCAAUUCAAGACUUAAUCAAGAAGUAUCAACUCAACAUGUCAUCAAACAAUGAUAACCUACAACUUAUAGAGUUGAGGUACAACCUGGACAUCAUAUCAUUCAUGGACGAGUGGCAGGGAUGUGUCAAUCAAACAUCCAACCUGAUGCUACUCGAGCCAAAGAAUGUUACAAUGACCACCAACUCAUGUCCAGGCUCAUUCAUGAUGUCGGGAGAGUCCCUCUCCGAUCCCUGCUGCAACAAAUUCGCCAAGUUCUCCAAAUGCUGCCAAUCGCGUGAGGUCACCAUGAACAUGGACAGUCUGGUCGGCUUCCACACCGAUCGUCUCACCUCUUGUAGCAGUCCAGCUUGCACACAAUCCAGUCUCCAAGACUACUACGCAUCGACUGUUCGCAUGAACAAUGGUGAGUGCACCCUCUCACUCAACGCCUACAAUCAAGGCCAGCAUGGACUUGUCCAGCUCCUCCAACAAUGCAAGACACAGGCUUAUGUUAUGCCAUGGUGUGACAACGACACUCAAUGCCCCUCUGGCGGCACGUGCAGUUUCUACACUCGCAAGUGUGUCGUUCCCCUCGCUGAACAGGACAGGUCAUACAUAACAUGUGUCCUCGAGCACUCCUCCAUCUCAUCAGUGUUUAAUCUCAAGACACAACUCGGUUUGGCCACAUCUACCGCCCUGGACACCCUGGUCGAGGCCGUGUACCAAUCAUUCAGGAUACCCGACUGCACGUCCCCCGUCUCCAACGACUACCGGACCAACUACCAUUACGAAGACCCAACCCUGAGCAUCCCCAUCAAGUUCAUGUCCGACUGUCCCGAUCGAUAUUGUCCACUCAAUCACUUAACGUACAUCGAUUACAACCCUCAACUGGCUCCGACCAAGGGCAUGACGUCGGCAGAGAACUGUGUAUACAAUGGAAUAUGCCAGGGGUUGUCGAUGCUAUGCACACCUGAUAAGUUUGGAUCGAACUGCUCUUCAGGAAAGCCAGUGUGUCUGCUACCGAAUGGCAAAUACAACACUACUAUCAAAACACAGGAGGAGUGCUCCCAACUUGGAGUGUGCACUGGUGAAUGUGGACUACAAUGCACAGGUCCAUCAUACUGUUUAGCCAGCAAGCUCAACCAGGCACAAUGCAACCAGACUAGCAUGAACUUCACCAAUGGUGCGUGCUACGUCAAUGUGGGACAGCAGGCUUGUCUACAAGGCAACUACACUUGGUUUGAUUGUGGCGCACUCACACCGACACAAUGCAACACACCCAAGUACAGCUCAACAUGCCAGGUGAAGCCGAUCGCAUGUACAAAGGAUCAAUGUACUGGUACAUCAGGAACAUGUUCAGAUUCGCUCUACUUCACCAACUCAAUCACUUCGAAAAGAAACAUUGGCCUGUGCACCAAGCCACACUCAGUAUUGAUCGAAUCAAGGAAGCAGAUGGUAUGCGCAAAGGAUGAAUAUGACAGUCCCAUGGGAUGUUUCAAUCCUUUGGCAACCUACACCACGGAGGAUUGUCAUGCCUUUGGAAAUGGAUACACUUGGUGGGAGCCUGCCUUCAAUCAAUCAUCUUGUGAGUCCAAGAUGGGAUGUCUGAUGUCAGACUUUUCCAACACGACUGCAGGCCAAUCACGAUUCAAUGAGAUGACUCAAGAUCAAUGUACACAGUGUCAAUCAAGUGCCGACAUGUACCAAUGGACAAACAAGUUCAACUGGAUACCUGGCAGAUGGCUCCCAGGUGUGAUGGUGGUACCAACUUGGUACUCAUACGUGGACUUUAUAAGCACCUCCUCAUAUGGUGACUCUUUUAGCAUCGAUGGCUUUGGAACCGCACUUUCCAACAUCAUGAAGUAUGAUCUCAUCCGAUCAUCAUGCCAAUUCCAAGGAAUUCAGGACAGCGUUGAGACUGUGUCAUGUAGUUGUUCUGGUCCAGGAGGUAGUCCAUGCUUCAAUUCAACAUCCGUACCAACUCAAUCACUUCAAGUGUGUUCAAUGGAGUCCAAGAAUCGUGAGACCUAUUCAUCUGCACCUUCUCGGGUUCCACUCAGUGCCGAAUUCUUCAGCUACAAGCCCCCAGUCAAGUAUGGAAUCACCAAUGAUGAGGGUGCAUUCGUAGGAACGAUCCAGAACAAUGGUAUCAGCAUCCAAGGCCCGGUCAAACACUUCACUCUCUGUCAACUGAUCAGUGAGACUACAUCCGAGUACCCUAUCAAUGAUAUUGCCAUGACCAGCAUCAACAAUGUAACAUUGUUACCAAUGGAUGCAACACCAAUUAUUGGUCUAGACUACAUCUGCAUCAAUAUCACGCAGGUCGAUAGGAUCAACAACGACAGCAUCACACUAUUCCCCAUCAUAAGGAUGACGGACUGGAAGACUUCCAAGGAGUUCUUCACCAAGUCACAGACGGUGAUGAUGUACUUCUUGGGUACGGCAUAUGGUCUAUGUGCACUCUGGGGAUUGUUCCAGAUCAGUGUGAUCGUUGUGAGAUUGAUCAGAAGGAUUGAACGACCCAAGUUGGCACAUGCAUUGAUCACCGCCAUCGCUGGCUAUACAUUCAUCAGAUCAGUGUACUUCUUCAUUCUUCCAACUGGCACAUUGUACUCAUCGUCAACUACAUGA